UUCUCUCUCAUUAAAUCAGGAAUUUUUGUACAAUGGCAACAAUGCACAUACAUGCUACCUAAGAUAUUCAAUUGUAUGCAUAUCAAAAAUUUAUCCUAUAUAAACAUCCUAAAUAGAGCAACAGAAAUUGAGUCACAAUAAAAAUCAAUAACUUUUCAUUCUUGAUUUUCCAUCUUUCUUAUCACCAUACCAUCACUAUGGCUAGAAAGAAAGUGGAGUUCAAAUACAUAGCAAAUGACUCAAAGAGGAAGGCAACACAAAAAAAACGGAAAAGUGGUCUGACAAAAAAGGUUGAUGAGAUUAGCACUCUUUGCGGAGUUGAUGCGUGUGCUAUAAUUUAUACCCCUGAUGAACCACGGCCAGAGGUAUGGCCGUCGCCAUUAGAGGUGAACCGAGUGAUCUCUAGAUUUAAGGAAAUGCCUGAAUUAGAUCAAAGUAAGAAAAUGAUGUCUCAAGAGAGCUUCUUGAGACAAAGGAUCCAGAAAGGCCAAGAUCAACUAAAGAAACUAAAAAAUGAGAAUAGAAAGAAAGAGAUGAACAAUCUCAUGUUUCAAUCCUUAGGUGGCUACCAAUCCCUUGACAAUGCCACCAUGAUUGAUCUCAAUGAUCUUGCAUGGAUCAUUGAUCAAAAUAUCAAGGAGGUCAACAAGCAAAUUAGCAAGCUUCAAGGGCAAGAAGGGACUAGUAGUAAUAAUAAUAGAGUAGCAACCAUCAAUGAAGAGCAAGCUCAAGUGGACAAUAUCAUCAACGAUGGUGUGUUUUCAUUUGUGGAUGCUGCUAAUAAUUUCCAAAAUGAUUAUCGCCCAACUCCAUUUAAUCCUUGAAAAACAAACAAACCAACCAACCAUGCUUAGUGGGGUGUGCAAUGAUGAGUUUGUCCCAUGUUGUUUGAUUUAAUGUUAUGUUUGUCAUUAUUAUUAUUAUUAGAUGUGUCUUUCUUACACCAUCAUAGUUUAGUAGCUUUGAAUUUUUUAUGCAUGUUUUAUUUUUCGUUUGCACAACCCAAGUGUACUUUUUUCUUAUGAAAUGUAUUGGUGAUAAGAAGAAUUAUCA